GCCGCGCGGGCAUGGAGCCUCGCAACUUGCAGCGCCCCUAGCCGGCAGGCCUGACAGGUAAUUAAAUGCCCUUACUGUGGAUCUCUUCUCUGUUGGCAAACCCGGUUGCCGUCUUCCCUUAGCUUCUUUUCCUCUGCCCCACUGGAAGAAGAUGGCAAAAGUAAACAUUACUCGAGACAUCAUCCACAGGCAGAUCAAGGAGAGAGGUGCACUAGGCUUUGAGCGCCACUAUCACGUCACCGAUCCCUUCAUUCGCCGCCUGGGCCUGGAAGCAGAAUUGCAGGGUCACUCUGGGUGUGUCAACUGUCUAGAAUGGAAUGAAAAAGGAGACUUGUUGGCCUCUGGAUCUGAUGAUCAGCAUACGAUUGUCUGGGAUCCUCUGCAUCACAAGAAGCUCCUUUCUAUGCACACAGGGCACACUGCAAAUAUCUUUUCUGUCAAGUUCUUGCCACAUUCAGGGGAUCGCAUCCUCAUCACGGGAGCUGCGGAUUCCAAGGUGCACGUCCAUGACUUGACUGUCAAGGAGACCAUCCACAUGUUUGGAGACCACACCAACAGGGUUAAGCGCAUUGCCACGGCUCCCAUGUGGCCCAACACCUUCUGGAGUGCAGCAGAAGAUGGGCUCAUCAGACAGUAUGAUCUGCGGGAGAACAGCAAACGUUCAGAAGUCCUAAUAGACUUGACCGAGUAUUGUGGGGAGCUGGUGGAGGCCAAAUGUCUCACAGUCAACCCCCAAGAUAACAACUACUUAGCCGUGGGGGCAAAUGAGCCCUUCGUGCGGCUGUACGACAUCCGCAUGAUCCACAACCACAGAAAAAGCAUGAAGCAGAGUCCUUCAGCUGGAGUGCACACGUUCUGCGACCGGCAGAAACCCCUCCCGGAUGGUGCAGCUCAGUACUACGUGGCAGGGCACCUUCCAGUGAAACUUCCAGACUACAACAACCGGCUGAGAGUCCUGGUGGCCACGUACGUGACCUUCAGUCCUGAUGGCACCGAGCUUUUAGUCAACAUGGGAGGGGAGCAGGUCUAUUUGUUUGACCUAACUUACAAACAGCGACCGUACACUUUUCUUCUCCCAAAGAAGUGCCAUACUUCAGGGGAAGUGCAGAACGGAAAAACCGCAACGAAUGGAGUGUCAAAUGGCAUCCACCUGCACAGCAACGGCUUCCGCUUGUCUGAAGGAAGAGGACAUGGGAGUCCCCAGGUUGAGCUGCCUCCCUACCUGGAGAGAAUCAAGCAGCAAGCCAACGAGGCCUUUGCCUGUCAGCAGUGGACUCAAGCCAUCCAGCUGUACAGCAGAGCAAUCCAGAAAGCCCCCAACAACGCCAUGCUGUAUGGAAACAGAGCUGCUGCCUACAUGAAGCGCAAAUGGGAUGGGGACCAUUAUGAUGCGCUCCGAGACUGCUUGAAGGCCAUAUCCCUGAAUCCGUGCCACCUGAAGGCACACUUCCGCCUUGCCCGCUGUCUUUUUGAACUCAAGUACGUGGCGGAAGCACUGGAGUGUCUGGAUGACUUCAAGGGCAAGUUCCCAGAACAAGCACAUAGCAGUGCCUGCGAUGCACUGGACAGAGACAUCAACGCAGCCCUCUUCUCCAAGAGCGAUAAUGCUGAAGACAAGAAGGCGGGUGGCCCCAUCCGGCUCCGAGCCACAGGUCGUAAGGCUUCGAUCUCGGAGGAUGAGAUGGUGCUGAGGGAGCGCAGCUACGACUACAAGUUCCGAUACUGUGGCCACUGUAACACUACUACAGACAUCAAAGAGGCCAAUUUCUUUGGCAGCAAUGCACAGUACAUAGUCAGUGGGUCGGACGACGGCUCCUUCUUCAUCUGGGAGAAAGAAACCACGAAUCUUGUUCGAGUGCUGCAGGGAGAUGAGUCCAUUGUGAAUUGUCUCCAGCCUCAUCCCAGUUACUGCUUCCUGGCCACCAGCGGCAUUGACCCAGUUGUACGGCUGUGGAAUCCCCGGCCAGAGAGUGAAACACUCAAUGGCCGUGUGGUGGUAGACAUGGAAGGUGCUUCCCAAGCCAACCAGAGACGAAUGAAUGCCGACCCGCUGGAGGUGAUGUUGCUGAACAUGGGGUACCGGAUUACAGGACUGACGAGUGGCGGGGCUGGAGGCUCAGACGACGAAGACAGCUCAGAGGGGCAAGUCCAGUGCCGACCCAGCUAAAACAGAACCGCCUCUCCUUCCUCUAAUUGUUUGGUUGAAAGGGAACCUAGUUUCCUUGGUCCUGAAGUUUCUCUGAUGAAUGACUGCACUGUUUCGCACUAUGCACAGAGUAGGACAAGCUGGCAGGGGCAGGAGCGGCCGUCUCUGUAAACCACCACCGCCUCCACCACCUCCUCCUCCCGUCACACUACUGAGCAGCAUGGCAGUGCAGUCCGGCAUUUGCCUUUAGUGGAAUUUAGUCCCGGCAGGGAUCUUUGAGUUGUCUGUAAGCAGUGUAAGCUGGUGACUUUUUCCAGAGCUGCUGUAUGACCUGGUACAGAGGGAUGUUGCCUGCAUUCGUGCAUUUGCAGAGAGGAUGUUAAAUUCCUGAAUAAAAUACAAACCUAGGGCAGGGGUUAUGGAAUAAUUUUACUGCAGUAAUCUUGGUCUUGGAAGCUUGGCUUAGCCAUUCUGCUGCCAGCCUGUGUAGGGGCCCUGGUUUAGGGUUUUUGGCCGUGAAACACCUGUUGUCCCAUAACCCCUUCCUUCUGGCUUCCGUCUAUACCAUGUCCUCACCAGACGUAUCUGUGUUGUGUUAGGGACUGGACAUUGCCUGUUCUUGUCCCUGGGCAUCUGUCUUAGUCGAUGAAUCAAUGGAGGCACCGAGUAUGUGCAGCUCAGCAGGGCAGGAGAUGCUUGCCCAGCUCUGACACUUUUUUUUUUUUUUCUCCUGUAAAUUACGAACUUGUGGAGAAAGGUGACAACAGUGGGAGGAGGUUUGAUCAGAGGCCUAAGACUUAACAUAGCUAAAGCUACUAGGAAAGGGGCUGGUAACAGCACUCUCCAGAGCUUCUCUCUAUUGCCCAAAAUGCGUGUAGCUCUGUCCACCUUCUUUAUGCCACCUGCGCUGCAGCUGAGAAUGUCGCCACCAGGUAUCUCUUGCAACUGAUGUUUGGAGCUUUUAGACAGCAGCUUCUUAGUGCAGCCAGCUGCUCUGUCUUGACCAAGAUGGGCCUCCUCCGCCUCAUUAUUGGUGUAACAUCUAAUGGAUUAGUGGUCCUCUCAGGAACCCUCCUUCCUCUUCCCGUGCCCUCCCUCCCUGAUACUAGCUGCGAAGCCAGAAAUGCACCUAGAAAUGCAGCACUGACCUUCCAUUUCUUCCCCUCCCAUGUAACACGCAGCCCUGUUUUUCCCCUCUUGCAGUUGCCAAACACUAAAUAUCAAGUAGAUCUUACACAGCUAUGCUACAACCAGAGCUGAAGAGGUGGUUUUUUUUUUUUCUAGGACUAUCAACUAAGACCAAAGAGCCCCUGGAGAUCUUAACUGCUCUGCACUGUCUCUUAUCUCUUACUGCUGAAGGUCUGAACAUGCCAGCCGUGGUCCCAGGGGUGUCAGACGUGUGUGUGGGAGUGUGUGUGCGUGUGCUGCAUUGGGGUUGUUCUUCCAUGUGGUGCAAUCUCUGGUCUUCCUGUCCCCGCUGUGGAAGGAUGAGGCUGCCUUUCCUUCUCUGGCUGCCAGGCGGUGAGGAGAGACACUGCACAGUGCUGGCUCGUCGAGGUAGCGGCUUCCUCUCCCCUCCAAAACGCUCGCUGCGGUGGGGGAGCCUUGCACAAGAGAGGUCCCAGAGCCUCGUAGCAGGCAGCCUCUCUCCAAGGGUGCUAUUCCUUGCCCGGAGGGACAUCUCACCCCAGGACCGCAGCGGAGUGCUCGGGACCCGCCCUCCGCUCCCGAGCUGAAGCGUUCCGCCUGCUGCCCCGUGUGCAGGUGAAGCUGAGCCCGAGCAAGCGCCAGCGCUUGGGGGACGUGCCCCGCGCCGCCGAGGAGAGCGCGGCCACCCUCGUGCCCCGCCGACUGCGAGGCAGCCUCCCGUGCCGCCGUUGAAGCAGGUUUGCCCUCCACGCGCUCCUGCCGGAGCAGAGCUCUCCUGGACGGACAGUCACGUAGCCGCCGAGGGCGUUGGGGUCCGCCCGACACCUGUGUGGUGGAUGUGGCCGCUUGCUCCGGUGCCCCCGUGCGUUGUGUGUGUCCUCCCGCCCCACACGUGCCCCGGCGCCCGAGGCUCUGCAGAACCCGGAGGCAACGGAGAAUCCUUCUCACCUAGGGGGGCUUUUUGACGUGGUCUAGCCUUUGAUUUUUGCUUAAGGCUUUCCUACUAGCCACCUCUCCCCCCUCCCCCUCCCAAACUUCUUUCAGCUUUUACUAGACAACACCUACAGACUGGUUUUUAAACCGCGAGUCUCCGGUUGGAAGCUCUGAAAGGAACAGCCCUCUCCCUCCCCGUUCACCCUUUGCUGUGGCAGCUAUUUUUUUUGUUGUUUUUUUCCUCCUCGUGAGACAGUGCAGCUCUUUUACCUGCCAGUUGCAGCGUGAAAGCCUACCAGAUUCCCUGCCUCUGCAGCGGAUUGCUUUUUUUAAUGGCUGCUUUGGAUAAAAUGAUAAAUAAUAAUGGGAGAGAAGGGGAGAGAAACGUUUCUCUGUCGCUAGCCCCUUUUCCCCUCGUUGUGGGCAGACUGCCUGCUUUGUUGCUUGUUAAUGAGGAAUUCGUAUUUAUUGGUGAAGGAAAAAAAACGUGCUGGGGAAGUAGGGAAAAAGAUGUUGCUUUAUUGACCUCUGCUGUUUACUUUGACCCCUCUUCAGGAAAGCUUCUUCCUGCUCUUUCUGAUUAACUCUUUCUAGCCUGGGAUAUGCAGGGAUGCCUCCUUUAUUUUUGUAUUUUAGCAAUGGGCUCUCUGUUCGGAGACUCUAGGAUUCUCUUCGUGUUGCAAAGACCAUUGCUUCUAGCUUUUUCGAGUACUAAAGAUGAUCAUCUCGUCAACUCUGCCCCUGCAGUCGUAGAGGUAACACACAAGCCUUACUGU